AUGGCACCUCCCUUUGCCCUGCCCCUGUUAGGGACAUUACACCAUCUAGAGGCCUGGGAGACCAAGGCAGACAAGGCUGCUGGCUGGAUCUGGCUUAUGCUGGAGGACAGCCAGAAGAUCCAUGUUUCUUCGCACAGGGACGAUCCCUGCAAGAUGUGGACGCUGCUGCGUGACGCCCACAUGCAGCAGAAGCCUGGCACCUGCUUCAACGCCUAUGAUGACUUCUCCAUCCGGAAACGCGAAGACAAGUCCCUCCAGGCCCUCAUGAACCGUGUGGACGAUGUCGUGAAGCUCAUCAAGGACCUCCGGCCCUCCGACUUCACCCUGGACAAGCUGGACAACAAGCUGACCGCGAUGGCACAGCUUGCUGUGCGCCGACGCACUCCACAAGAGGCACCUGCCCGAAGAAAGGUUCAGAGCCACUCCCACGUACCACGUACCCUCCAAGGAUGCUGGGCAACAAGAGGUGAGAGUGGAUGA